UUAAUCUAACUUUUGAAACACCGGAAAAACUAUAAUUCAAUUUGAUAUUCGACCUUUCCAAAACUUAAAUAUCUCAUUCGAAAUUCAUGCAAAAUGUAAUAGGAUAGUUUCUUCUGAUAACGCAGCUGUUACCUCGCAGACAGGAUCAUAUUUACGAUGAGGUCAAGAUUUUUGAUCUUCAUUAGUUACCACCUUCUUCAAGGACGUUUAAUCAUGCCUUUUUGAACGUUUACCGCCACUUUCUCUUUCAGUGAGGAAUAUCUCCGUACAACUGGUUAAUGAAAAUUUUCGUUCCUCGAAAAUUGUAUUCGUUUUUCAUGGUUGCAUAUUCUUCAACCCCUACUGGUCAUUAAAUCAAUUGCUCUGUUUACAAGGCUGCUUGCCAAGAGGGACAUCUAUAAUUAACUUUAGCCAGCCCACAAACACUACAGCCACAUUAUUGUCUGCAGGACAAUCUUGCCUAUUCUGUUGGACGUUCCUUGACCAACAUAUUGCGACAAUUCCAAGAGCACAAUGCUCGUAUUGCUGCUAAACAGAUCUUCUCUUGAGGCUUCUCAUCGUUUCCAUAAUCUCCUAAGGAAUGGAGGCUCAAGAGCCAUUGCUUCCAGGUCUUAUGCUGAUGUCAGGGGAAAGAUCUUGGCCAUCAGGAGAGAGGAUCAAUCUGUCUGGGAACGCAGGGCACCCCUGUCACCAACCAAUGUUCGCAAACUAGUCAGGGCAGGAGUGAAGGUUCUCGUUCAACCUUCCAACAGAAGAGCUUAUCCCAUGCAAGCCUAUGCAAAUGCAGGGGCGAUUAUUCAAGAAGAUAUCGGCGAAGCACCCGUCAUAGUCGGUGUCAAGCAAAUACCCAUCGACUUUCUGUUACCCAAUAAAACCUACUGUUUCUUCUCGCAUACAAUCAAGGCUCAGGAGGCCAACAUGCCCUUACUGGACGCAAUGUUAGAGAAGAACAUCCGACUGGUCGACUACGAGAAAAUGAUGGAUGAAAACGGCCAGAGAGUAGUCGCCUUUGGUAAAUAUGCUGGCGUGGCAGGCAUGAUCAAUAUUCUUCAUGGUCUAGGUCUACGACUCUUAGCCCUCGGCCACCACACCCCGUUCAUGCAUAUUGGGCCAGCGCACAAUUAUCGUAAUUCUGGCAUGGCUCGUCAAGCCGUUCGUGAUUCUGGGUUCGAAGUCGCCAUAGGCAUGAUGCCCAAAUCGAUUGGACCGCUCACCUUUGUAUUCACGGGAUCGGGCAAUGUUUCACAAGGUGCACAAGAAAUAUUUCAAGAUUUGCCACAUGAAUACGUUCCUCCAGACAUGUUACAAAAAGUGGCAGAUCAUGGCGCCACGAAUAAAAUUUACGCGUGCGAAGUCGGCAGACGCGACCAUCUCAUCCGCAUUAAAGGCGGUCCAUUUGAUGCCAAGGAGUACGAUGAACACCCAAGUCGCUACAUCUCCAUCUUUAGCAAAAAGAUUGCUCCCUACGCCUCGGUAAUCAUCAACGGAAUUUACUGGGCGCCCAACUCGCCGAAGCUCAUCACGAUUCCCGAUGCCAAAGUACUUAUCCGUUCAUCUCAGAGUCAUCUACCGUGGGUGCAGACAUCGUUAGGCUCACCACCUUUGCCGCACCGUCUGCUUGCCAUUUGCGAUAUUAGCGCUGAUCCUGGAGGUUCGAUUGAAUUCAUGAACGAGUGUACGACAAUCGAUAAUCCGUUUUGUCUCUACGAUGCCGAACAGCAUAAGGACACUAAGAGCUUUAAAGGUCCUGGAAUUUUAGUCUGUUCCAUCGACAACAUGCCAACACAAUUGCCACGUGAAGCUACCGACUUUUUCGGUGAUUUGCUCUUACCGCACAUCUUUGAUGUCUUGCAAUCGGAUGCGACGCGACCGUUCGAAGAUCACAAGUUCACUAACAUCAUUGAGGGUGCAGUCAUCACCAGCAACGGCAAACUUACCAAGAACUUUGAGUACAUUCAAGAUCUGAGGAACCAACGCGCACGAACAAAGCAUCGCAUCGUCGGCGAUUACGACGCCCAAACUAAGCGGGUUCUUCUGUUGGGAGCCGGCUAUGUCUCCGCUCCCGUUGUCGAGUACUUGACCCGAUCCAACGACGUUGCCGUUUAUGUUGCAUCGGCGUUGAGAGAUGAGGCAGACAUUCUGGCCCGUCGUUUCCCUCGAACCGAACCCGUCCUGUUAAACGUUGAGGAGCGUCCAGAUUUGCUGAAAGAGUUUAUUGGCAAAGCGGACGUGGUUGUUUCGCUGUUGCCCUACGCUUUGCAUCCUCUUGUGGCCGAGCAGUGCAUCGCUUCCAAGACAAACAUGGUGACCGCGAGCUAUCUUUCGCCGGCCAUGAAAGAAUUACACCAGAGCGCCGUCGAUGCCGGUGUGUCUAUUGUUAAUGAAGUUGGUCUUGAUCCUGGCAUUGAUCACUUGCUGGCCAUGGAGUGUUUCGAAGAAGUUCAUCAGGGCGGUGGCAAAGUCAAAUCUUUCGUCUCGUAUUGUGGUGGCCUUCCGGCUCCUGAAUGCUCAGACAAUCCUCUUCGCUAUCGUUUCUCCUGGAGUCCUCGUGGCGCUCUUCUCAACACUGUUUCCAGCGGUCGUUUCCUCAAGGACGGCAAGGUUGUGGAAAUUCCUGCAGGUGGGGCACUGUUGGAAAAGGCGGAAAAACUGGACUUUUUGCCUGGUUUUGCAUUCGAAGGUUUCGCUAAUCGCGAUUCACUAGACUACAUCGACCACUAUGGAAUUCCGGAAGCUCGUACUGUUUUUAGAGGCACCAUCCGCUAUAGCGGCUAUUCGGACCACGUUCUAGGUCUUAUCCAGCUUGGCCUCAUCAGUCAAGAGCCCCACCCAUGUCUGCAUGUUGGUGGCCCCGAUAUCACUUGGAGGCAGUUCAUGUGCAAUCUUUUGGGUAUCACCGAUUACAACAUCUUUUACGACAACCUCAAGAAUCAAUUGUUUGAGCGUACCGGCCGUAAUGCCAGCCGUGUUAAGGCAAUGGAAGACUUAGGCUUGCUCUCCGAAGAAUUGGUGAUCAAAUACGGCAAUCCCAUCGAUACGAUUAGCCAAUAUUUGGCAAAGCGACUGGCGCUGGGACCGUCAGAUCGUGAUCUCGUGGUUCUCCGCCACGAAAUUGAUAUUCUGUGGCCAGAUCAGCGUCACGAAUUGCGUGGCAUUAAUUUGGUGUGUUACGGACAAUCUAGCAGCGCUGGCUACUCAGCCAUGGCUCGUACCGUCGGUUACCCAGCGGCCAUCGCCACCAAAAUGGUGCUGGAUGGCGAGAUUCAACGCAAGGGCAUGAUCUUGCCCUUCAUCCAGGAUAUUUACAGACCCAUGCUGAAACGUCUCAAGGCCGAGGGCAUUGUCGCCGAAGAAAAAUUUAGUUCAGUUUUUCCAAAAGAACCAAUUGUUAUUGAAAUAAAAAAUGAGCCAUUCCCCGUUAAAAUUGAUACGAAGACUAUAGAACAUUUGGAGCGAUUAUCGUUGGUUGAUUUCGCGAAUCGCGAGGGCAUUAAACGACUAGAAGACGCUAUUCAGUUUGCGAACCGAAUCCAUUCAGUGGAUACGACCAACGUGAAACCCUUAAUAAAUGUUUUAAGUGAUGAAUAUACUCAACCGGUGAGAGAGGAUUGUGUGACGGAGGGUAAUGCCAGAGAAGAAAUUCUGUCAAAUGCCGCCGUGACAGAAGAAGACCCAAAUCUCAGCCAGCUCUCAUUUCUUGGUGAUGCUUUGCAGCGGAGAAUUGAACAAGAGUGGUAUACAAGCAAUGUGAUUCAAAACACUAACUGCCUGUUUAUUAACAACAGUUCAAUAACCCAAAUCAAUGUGGAACUUGUGCAGUUACUCGUGAAUGCCCAGACUCUAAUGGGCUCUGAUAGUUCUAUUAGUCUAGCUAGUGUAACGUCUGGAAGAAAACCCACCAAACAAAUGAAAGACUUAACUACUGUGUCGGAUUUGAUGGAGGCCCUCCCAAAAACCCAAUUGAAUCUUUGUUUUCUUACGCCACCUGCCCGGAUGAUCGAUGAGUUCAUUCAUCUUCAAAAAAUAAGACGCCGAUGGUGGAAAUCGUAUCUUCAACAACCCGUCCUUCUCAACGCUACCAGCGUCGCCGUAAACGAUGAGAAUGAUCCAUUUUUGGAACAGAAGAUUGAGUUUGGUUCUUCAGCUUUAGGAUCCCAACCCAUUGAAGUGUUGAAACUUUACAAGCCUGAAAUCUUUGAUCAUUUGCAGUUAAGCGAUGACAUUAAAAAGUCGCUGUUGGUUAAAUUCCAGCGGAAAUCCUCUUGGCCUUCUCUAAUCACGUCCCAGGUUGAAUUGGAGUUGGCUGUUUUUUUCUUUCUUAUGGACGCCUUCUUCAUCAGAAAUAAGGCAUCUGUACUUUCCCUUCAUAAGUCCCUGGCGCCGUAUGCGGUGGGUGUUGUGGUUGAAGGCUCUCCUACCCGAGUUGUUCAACUAGAGGACCUUCGCCGCUUAAUGAGUCUGGAAUUCAAACAGUCUAAAAUUCCAGUGUUACCACUAAGCGCACCGUGGACAAUAGCCCAAUGCGAUGCUAGAGGAUUGAAUUAUUUAAUAUUUCUAUCUGAUUCAACUCUAGAGCAGGGAAUUUGCGGUCUUCGUAGCAGAGACACUUCGCUACAGGAGCAAGUGCAUGUAAGCGACGUAGUGGAACGGCUGAAAAAGUUCCUCGUUAAGUAGUCAUUUCUUAAUUUGUGUCGGAUUGUCAUUAAAAAAAAUUGAGUCACAAACAAUCGCUGAGCCAUUGGGAUCCUACCCGCCAAAUUUGUUUCCCUAUUGUUUUAUUUAUGGAGCUGUGGUGUUCACCUACUUUUUGUGUACUGUUCGGGCCAUGACAACAUGAAACUAAUGUUUCUUAUGAUGAAAUGUCCUGGAAAAGAGACAAAAGUAAUAGGCGCUACUCAAGUUGGUCUUUUCCGAAAGGAUUCCAGGUGACAAUGGAUUCGUGAAAACUCAAUAAUCAAACGUUUAGUACUAACGAGAAUCUUCUCCAUCGUGUUAAACCGAUAUCCUCGUUAAUAAGAUGGAAACCAUACUCUA